GUCACGUGGAGACGGCUCUGUCCAAACAGAAGGUGAGCUGCUGCUAGCUGCUCCGCGCGGUGCUAAACUGAUCCAUGCUGUUUUUGUAGCCACCCGUCUAUUUAACCCAGACUACUCAAGCGAAGAAUGAGCGAUAACGAUGACAUCGAAGUCGAUAGUGACGAAGAAUCACCGAGAUAUCACUCUGUGGCAGACAAACGGGCACACCAUAAUGCACUGGAGCGAAAACGUAGGGACCACAUCAAAGACAGCUUUCACAGCCUACGGGACUCAGUACCCUCCCUGCAGGGAGAAAAGAGCUGGAGGUCUUCAGAUCAAGAUCUUCUUAAUGACCGAAAACAUCAGUCUACCAAACAGGCGUCUCGAGCUCAAAUCCUAGACAAAGCCACAGAGUACAUCCAGUACAUGAGGCGAAAAAACCACACGCACCAGCAGGACAUCGACGACCUGAAGAGGCAGAACGCUCUGCUGGAGCAGCAAGUCCGUGCUCUGGAGAAAGUAAAAGGCUCCACGCAGCUCCAGACCAGCUACUCUUCACCUGACAGCAGCCUUUACACAAACCCAAAAGGCAGCGCCGUGUCGGCAUUCGACGGCGGCUCUGACUCCAGCUCUGAGUCGGAGGUGGAGGAGCCGCCCACCAGGAAGAAGCUGCGAGUAGAAGCCAGCUAGAGUCAAUAAGCUGAAAACUGGCUAAGGACGGGGGUGGCGGGGCACAGGGGACGGGUGAGAGGAAUUAAAGCCUUCGCAGCUCUCCGAUAAGCCCCUCUCCCUCUUUGUGCAUCAACUCACCCCCCCCUCAGCUCCCCUCGUCGCUCUCUCUCCUCCAUCUCUUGUCGGGCUGGUGCUUGAGAAUCUCCCACCGCCAUCGUUUGUCCUUCCAGCAGUGAAGGAGCAAGAGGACGACUACUUCAGACCAUCUAGAGAGCUUCAGGUUUCCCAAACUUUACCCAUCCAUGUUUCUUAGUUUUUUCUCCUAUCAUGGGUUCCCCAUCCCGACCUUUUUCUCAGCAACAACAAUCCAAAACCCCCCAAAAAAAGGCAGCUUGGCAACUCAAGGACUUGAUGCUUUUUGUACCUGACAGAAAGCCCCUCCCCUUCU